CGCCCUGAGCGGCCUCUCGGCCUUCUGCGCCUGGAGCGUGGUGCCCGCGCUGCGCCAGCCCGGCACGGCUGCGGCCGGCGGGCUCUCGGGAUUACUGGAGGACCUGGUUAAAAGGGCUGAGGUUCUUCCUCUCCGUCGGGAUCCUCUUCUCUGCCCUCUCCGGGCUGGGCUUCUGCGCCUUCCUGGCCCUGGCCAUCACCCAGCACCAGUGCUUGAAAUUUUCCCCGAUGUGUCAAAAGCAGCACCAGAAAAACCCCCAGCGAGCUGGAGGAGUUAUUGAAACCACUUUGGUGCCUCGUGACCUUUCCAUGAGAAGUUUGGAUGAAUAUCCUCCCAAAAAAACACUCACUGAAAGAACAAAUUGAAAUGUUUGAGGGAAAAACCACAACCCCUCCAAAUGUGGGGACAAAAGCCCCUUGGGGUGUGGGGCUGCUCCUUCCUGCACUUCAAAGCUCAUUGUGUUCCUCCCUUCGCUCCGGGAUCCCAGCCCCGAUCCCAAACCUCCCCUCCCCCGGCCAGAACCCUUCUCCUGGCGAAAUUCAAUUCAAUUUUGUUUUCUUUUAAAAGGAAAACAAUAAAAAAAAAAAAGAAAAAAAAAAAAGAAGAAUUAAUGAAGGAAUAAAGGCCAGGCACAGGCCGAGCCUCAGCUGGAGCUGGUGGUGGCAGCUCCCCAGCCCUCGGCAGCGCUGCUGGAGCAGGGGGCUCCGGAUCCGGCCCCAGUCGCGUCCUCCUGGGGCAUUCCCAGAGAGCAGAGGGGUCCUGCCCUUCCCCUUCUUCUUCCUGCUCCCCUUCCUCUUCCAUUUCCUGUUCCUCUUCCUUUUCCCCUUCCACCCAGGAGCCACUGGAUUUACUUGACAGGAAUUUGGUGAUGGAUGAGGGUGAUGAGGGAGAUGAGGGGGAUGGAUGGAUGGAUGGAUGGAUGGAUGGAUGGAUGGAUGGGCAGAUGGAUGGAUGGACAAAUGGCCUGGUGGAUGGACAAAUGGACACAAACUCAAGCUCAUUUUGACUGAAGCCUUUCCUCAAGAGCCCUACGAAUGCCGAUCUCCCUUUGGUUCCUUCUUCCUUUGGGUUUUGGGAGUUCCUGACCCGCUCAUUGCAACCCCUGUGGCUCCACAUCCCCACCUGGCUCCCUCACAGGUGAAAGUCUCCUCCUCCACCCCAAACAAGAGGAUAUUUCUUUGUGGGGUCAACUGGGUUGAAAGAUCAUUUUAAAAACCCCCCAAAGCCACCGCCGAGCUCCAUGGCUGGGGCUCCCUUGGCACCGAGAACGUCCCUGACAUCCGGGCGGCAGCCGGAGCAUCUGUGCCGGAGGGCUCGGGGUGGCGGUGGGGAGGGAGAGAGGAAAUCUGGAACCCAUAAGCUCCAGAGCCGCUGGCGUUCCCCUGCAUUGGUCUGCGCCUGGUCCGCCCCCGCCCCGCUCGCCCUAUCAGCAGGAGCCGUUCCCGAAGUCAUCCCAGAGCCCUCCUCUCCUGGCCCAAAGGAAAAGCCAAGGAGCUCCUUGGAGGGCUCUGCGGGGCUUGGGGCGCCCGGGGAGCCCCAGGGCGAAUGCUCCGGGCCGCGCCUCGGGAGCCCGGGGAGCCGAGGAGAUGAAGGAGGAAAACCUUUCCCCGGAGUCCCCCGAGGGCAGCGCGGCCACCAGCGAGGACGAGGCCGAGCGGCUGCCCAGGAAGAGCGGCCGCAAGCGCGGGCAGGGCCCUGGCGGAGCCCCCGAGGCUCAGGGCAAGCGCAGCCGGCGCAGCCCGGCCCCGCAGCCCCCCGAGGACGCCCACGCCCAGCGCGUCAUCGCCAACGUGCGGGAGCGCCAGCGCACCCAGUCCCUCAACGACGCCUUCGCCGAGCUGCGCAAGAUCAUCCCCACGCUGCCCUCGGACAAGCUCAGCAAGAUCCAGACGCUCAAGUUGGCCGCUCGCUACAUCGACUUCCUGUGCCAGGUGCUGCAGAGCGACGAGCUGGACCACAAGGUCGCCACCAGCUGCAACUUCCUGGCCCAUGAGAGGCUCAGCUACGCCUUCUCCGUGUGGAGGAUGGAGGGCGCCUGGUCCAUGUCGGCGUCGCACUGAGCCGGGUCUCCGCCUCGAUGGAAGCAGCUCCAGCACCCAAAACUCCACAGGAACCUCCCUGGAGAGAGGAGGGAAUGACCCCCAAACCCCUGACAGCCCCAGGGACCCCAAAAACUUUAGGGAUGAGCCCGAGGGAGCCGCAGCAGGAGCAGGUUUGAGUCGGUUCAGAUGCUCUGGAGGAACUCGGGGCUGUGAUUGAUUGUGGGCUCGCAGGUAAGGAACCCCCAGAUCCCAAUUUCCUCCUGCGGGACCGCUGGGAAGCCGAGCCCUUCCUGGAGCUGCCUCGAGCAGGAAAAUUCCUCCAGGAUGAGGAGAAGGGGAAGGGCUGGAGCCCCCCAAGGACCUCGGGGGUCCCCCCACUUUCAUCCCGCUCCGGAGGCUCCAUGCCAGGACGAUCCCAUGGAUUGUGUUCCCAUGGAUGAUGAGGAUUCGGGGGGAUCUGGGGGCUGCUGAACCCCCCAGGCACCCCCUGCCCCACGGAUGGGCCCCACCAACGCCCCGGUGGAAGCUCCCAAUUCCUCGGGAUUUAUCAAAGCUGGAGAUGGAGCCGUUGGGAAUUUUGGGAUUUUGGAGCCGUUUUGGGAACUCUGAACGGGUUUGGGAUUUUUGGGGGUGUGGGGAAAGGACGAUGGAGGUUUUGGGGUGUCCAAAAUGACCCCAAUAAAGCCCAAGGGGAAUUUUCCAGGGUUCAAUCCUCGUUUUUCCUAGGGAAUGGUGCUGCCGGCUCCCCCCUGCACCUCCCUCGGCUGGGCCGCUUUUAUUGGAAUAAGGAAAAAAAAAAAAAUCAGUUUUUUUUGCCUGUUACAGCAGAAAAAAGAGGGGGGAAAUCCCUUCCAGGGAGGCUGCAACAGACCUGAGCCCCCAAAUAUUCCAUGGGAGAGGAAUUCCAGUUGUGAUCAGGUUUGGGGCGCACCAGAGAAUCCACAGAGGAGCCACGGGAAGGCCCAGAGUGACUUUUUCUACCCAAUUCCCAAUUUGUAUGUGCAGUGGGAGUGGAUUCCCUGCUCUGGGGAGUCAACUGCAGCCUUCAAAAAAACCUGGAGGUGCUUAAAAAAAAUCAGAGUUCUGUUAAAAACGAGGCUGUGGUGGCUUCGUUCGGCGCCUCACGGGAAGGAUUUUACAGCUGAGAAACAAAAUCGGCUUCAGAACUUAAAAUCUUCUUUCAAAAAAUAAUAAAUUGUGCUUGAAAAAUAAAGGGCAAAAACUUAUCUGUGGAGUGAGACUCCAGCUUCCAACCAAUUUUUUUUUUUAAAGGUGAAAUAUAUUUUUAAAAGAAUA